GAUUCCCUGGCAUCCGACAUGGAUGCUGCCGUGGAGACGGCCCACGUCCACAGCUCCAAACACCUCCGCUUCUCCGAGGUUACAGAAAUCUCGCGCCCAGUCUUGAACGACAAGUCUGUGGAGGAAGACGAGGCAACUGGCGUCCCAAUGGGCCUCCUGGAGGCGCCGGAGAAGCCCAUACUAAGGCAGGUCAGCAAGGGAAGCGAGGAUGGGUCCAACUCAGACAGCCUGGCCGACGAGGAUGUCAGCCGCAAUGUCAGCAGCAUCAGCUUCGUUGGGGUGCAUAGCCAGAAGAGCGAGCGCAGCGACGACUUGCCUGUCGCCGAGCGGAGCAUGAACCACAAAAACACGAAGAUGUCCGUCAGCUCCUGGGUUUCAGAAGUGGACACCGUGACCUUCGACGAUUUCAGGGAGCAGAUCCUCUGCGAAGAAGAUAACGAACGACAGCUACUCAGCGUAUGCAGGAACAAGCUCAUGAAGACCUCGUACAUGUAUUCGGACCGUGUGAAGCACAUGGAGGACAUCGGCGUGAAG